GGGGGGGGGGGGGGCGGGAAGGAGGGAAGCCCGAUGUGAGAAGCAGGCGCCGCCAGAGUUGCACACGGGAGUGGCAGCCGAGGGGACGGCGCGGGGUCUCCCUCUCUUGUUCGCCUUCCUGGCUGCGGGGAGCAAAGGCACCCAAGCACAGCGGAGCGGAUCUCGUUCUCUCCAGGGGAGGAAGAGGAGGGCAACAGCUGAGGCUCGGGCGGCGAUUCGAGAGCUGCAGGCGGGCGCUCCUUGAGGGCCCCCAGAGCCCCAUUGCUCCCGGCUUGCAGGCGCCCACAGAGUCUCAGCGGGUGCAUCUGCCCGUCGCGGAUCCUGUUGCCUUUGCGAGCGGGGCUCCUCGCUUUCCCCCAUGCUCGAUACGCUGCGGCCCCCCGCUCCCGCCUUGGUGUCGGGCAUGGCGCUGAGCAAGACGGUGGCGUGGCUGAACGAGCAACUAGAGCUGGGCGCCGAGCGCCUGCUGCUCAUGGACUGCCGCCCGCAGGAACUGUACGAGUCGUCGCACAUAGAGUCGGCCAUCAGCGUGGCCCUGCCGGGCAUCAUGUUGCGGCGCCUGCAGAAGGGCAACCUGCCCCUGCGCUCCCUCUUUGCCAGCGGCGACGAGGAGCGCGAGAGGUUCGCCCGCCGCUGCGGCACCGACACCGUCGUCCUCUACGACGAGAGCAGCAGCGACUGGAACGAGAACACGGCCGGCGACUCCGUCCUGGGUUUGCUCCUGAAGCGUCUCAAAGACGACGGCUGCAGGGCCUUCUAUCUGGAAGGUGGUUUCAGCAAGUUCCAGGCAGAGUAUGCCCUUCAUUGUGAAACUAACCUCGAUAGUUCAUGCAGCAGCAGCUCUCCCCCUUUGCCAGUCCUGGGCUUAGGAGGUCUUCGAAUCAGCUCAGAUUCCUCUUCAGAUAUCGAAUCCGACAUCGACCGUGACCCUAACAGUGCCACAGACUCUGAUGGCAGCCCCCUGUCCAACAACCAGCCUUCUUUCCCAGUGGAGAUUCUUCCUUAUCUCUACCUGGGCUGUGCCAAGGAUUCCACUAACUUGGAUGUUUUAGAAGAAUUUGGCAUUAAAUAUAUCUUGAAUGUCACCCCUAAUCUGCCUAACCUCUUUGAGAAUGCGGGCGAGUUCAAAUACAAGCAGAUCCCCAUCUCUGACCACUGGAGCCAAAACUUGUCUCAGUUCUUUCCUGAAGCCAUCUCCUUUAUAGAUGAAGCUCGGGGGAAGAAUUGUGGGGUGCUAGUGCACUGCCUGGCAGGAAUCAGUCGCUCAGUCACAGUGACGGUUGCAUAUCUUAUGCAGAAGCUCAACUUGUCUAUGAAUGAUGCCUAUGACAUUGUCAAGAUGAAGAAAUCUAACAUCUCCCCCAACUUCAAUUUCAUGGGACAACUGUUAGACUUUGAGAGGACUCUGGGUCUGAACAGCCCAUGUGACAACCGUGUGUCCAGCCAGCAACUGUAUUUCACUCCUGCCAACCAAAAUGUCUUCCAGGUGGACUCCUUGCAGUCCACGUGAGCUCCAAACAGACCCCACCUCUUACACGCAUGGGUCAUAUGAUCAUUCCUCAAUGCUUCUCUGACAGCAGCAAAGAAACAGCAGCUUUCUUUUGAGGACUCUGCUUAUUGGUCAGUGGCUGCCUUUGUGCUUAUAUCAGUAAAAAGGUUACAAUGGUUGGAAUCAGAGAUUGCAAAGAGAGGGAAUUUCCUGUGUUUUCCUGAAAAAAGAAAUGUAAAAUAUUGCCUGUAGAUAGGCAGCAGAUGUUGUUCAAUGCACAGAAAUCCACCUAUGCAUUGUCUUGGAACUGCAGACUUCCAAACACAGGUAGGGGAAGAAUGGAUACCAUGAGCACAUAUCCUCUAGUGAGAGUGGGGAGAAAUGUAUUACUUGCAUUUGUAAUAUAUGUUGUCUUCAGUGAAGACUAUUUCCUUUUUUUCUUAUAUUGAUUUAGAGGAACCAAAGAGAGAGGUUUCAGCUCAAUGUAUUUGGAACAUUUGUUUGCCAAGAGCUCUGUAAUGCUCAACUUGAUCGAUGUAAAUGUUGAAUCUUAAUCAAUAAGCAGCACCAGUUUUUAAAGACAGGUACAUGAGGUCACCCUAUGGAUGCCCUUUUCCUUCCUCUUCAGCAGUUCUUUAUUUCUGGAGUGUAGAGGACACAUUUGCCUCAUGCUUAAUUUUACCACUGAAAUGUCAGACUUUGUUCCUUGGAUAUCUGUGCUUUUUGAGGGUUGGUCUGUUCACAUUUUGUGAAUGGAUAAAGACUUUAUUUUUGUAUAUUGUUUUCUUUUUUGGGGGGUGCCAUCAGUUUAGGUUCUUGUUCUGACUUUUUUUGCGCCUUACCUAUGUAAAUAGUUUAUCAUUUGUUUUGGAAGAGAAUUAUGUCUUCAAGGAGAAGAUUGUUUUUUGUCCACUUUUUAAAAGACACAGAUGUGCUAAAUAGUGCAUUACCUCUGUACAAACUUUUCAGGGAUCUUCACCUCAAAUGCAACAUUUUGCAUUUAUUUUUGUAAACAAAAACUGGAAGUGUGUGCGUGUGAGCAUGUGUACCUGUGUAUAUGCAAGAACUUCUUGAACACAAUUGUCAAUAAGGGAGAGUCCAAUUUGCUGGUGUAAAGUUGGGAUUUUAUUCUAAGAAUGUAAGGUCAUAAAUUAUUAAUAAAUAACUAUUUUUGGCUAUUGAGAA